AUGUCCAUCCAUCAAAUUCUAGACUUAAAGAUCCCACCCGAGCAUGAGGCUUCAUUGGAAUCAUUUACUCGGUUAUGCGAGGAGCAUAAACUUUUGAAUCAGUUCAACGAGCAGGAAAGCCGAGAUUUGUGUGAUGGGUUAUCGGAUCCAAGUACCCUGCUACGAUUCUUGACUGCCCGUCGGUUCGAUCCCGAUGCGGCACUCACCCAAUUCAAAGAAGCAUGUCAAUUUCGCCAAGAGAAAUCGACGCUCCAAUUGUACGAUAUCAUCCCAAUCGACGAUUUCGAACAGGCUCGGCAAUUUUAUCCUCACUGGACCGGUCGCAGAGACAAGAAUGGUCUACCAAUAUGCAUGUUUGACGUGACCUACCUUGAUAAAGAUGCUUUAGCAUGCUGGGAGAAGACUCGCAAUACCCCUGGCUGGAAACAUUCGCCGUCCGGGGAACAGCAGCCACCGAAUCCUGAUAUGAUGCAGUCGGCCUCGAUCUUUCACGACAGUCUAGCCCGGUUUGUGCUUCCUCUCUGCUCAAUGAUGAAGGACCGACCAAAUUCAUCGGCUCCGAUCACAAACUUCGUUUAUCUUGUGGACGCAUCAAAUUUAGGGUUGAAACAGGGAUGGAGCGUCAAAUCAUUUGCCCAGGCAAUCAGCUGGCUUCUCGCAACAUGCUACCCCGAGACUAUACAACGCAUCAUUGUCUGCAACCCUCCUUCAUAUUUCUCUACAAUCUGGAGGUACCUUAAAGGAUGGGUAGAUCCUUACACGGCAGAAAAAAUCGUAGUUCUACUGAGUGCUGAGGUCUUACCAACCCUGAGGGAGGAUAUUGAUGAUGAAAACAUUCCGAGCAUAUUUGGCGGUGGCUUCUCUUUUGAGCACGGCAUGCUACCGGAUCUCGAUAGUAACAUCCGGGAUCGUUUGAACUGGGACGAUCCAGAAAAGACUUUGCCUCCUGGUCCCAUCAAAUGGGCUCGGGAAGCAGACGGAAAAGUUGCUGCAUCGGCAGUUGGUACCCAGGCUGGUUUGACGAGAAGUGAUAAGAUCGCGGAGAUUGAUUGUACGAAGUAG